AUGGCGUGCUCCCGGCUGUGUGUGAAGAACUUGCCGGCCGACGUCGGGGACGCUCAGCUGCUGCGCCACUUCGCCGCGCGGGGCAGCGUCACCGAUGCCAGGGUGAUGCGCACGAGGAAUGGGCAGUCCCGACAGUUUGGAUUUGUGGGCUUCAGCACUGCAGAAGAAGCAGUGGCAGCCCAAAAAUACUACGACCGUACGUUCAUUCGCACAAAGAGGAUAACUGUUGAGUUUGCCAAGAAGGUUGGGGAUGAAGGCCUUUCAAGGCCAUGGAGCAAACACUCCCAAGGCAGCUCUGCUCAUGCAAAGAUCAAAGAAAGAAUCGAAAUUCAGGAUGUCAAGGUCAACAAAGUGAAAAAGAAAUUGACGGUGGAAAAGGUCAAGAAGAAGGAAAAGAAAGUUAAACGAAACAGUGCGGAGGAAGGUAGCAACGAUGUGGAUGAAAGGAAGAAGACUGAACAGGCAGAUGGUGGGGAAGAAAAUGAGCAAGGAGGAGGACAGGAAGGUGAAGUGACACUGGAGGAAUUUCUUACAGAAGUGGCUCCAAAGCACAGGAAAAGGCUGUGGUCAGAUGGCAUGCCUCAAUCGAUGGCUAGCCUGCAGCCAGCAAAGAAAGCUCGGCAGGGUGGCAACAUUCAUAAACAAGGGGGCACAACAGCUGAAGAGAGCGAACCAGAGGAGGAAGGAAUGUCAGACAGUGAGGACAGCAUGGGUGACAGCUCUUCGGGCACUCAUGCUUCAAGGAGCUUCAAGGGCACCGAUGACGAGUCAGACCUGCAAUACUUGAAGAGCAGGAUGCAGGAGCACUGGAAAGAUGACGAUGACGAUUUUGGUCGUAAUGAUGACGACCGAGCAGUGGAGAGGCCUAAGAAGCGACUGAAAUCUGCAGCUACAGUUGACAGUGAAGUGGUGUGCAACGAGGCAAAUGGCAAGGAGCUGCAUGGGUCAAAAUCCAAAGCCACCAGUAGGGCCACCACGGGUCUGGAUGCAAAAGACAGGGACAAGAUUAUGCACACCCAUAGGCUGUUUGUGCGGAAUCUGCCAUAUGCUGCUACAGAGGCUCAGCUGUGGAAGUUGGUUGAGGAGUUUGGUGACGUGUUGGACGUCCAUUUGGUGACAGACCGAGGGACGCAAAGGUCCAAGGGCUUCGCGUACGUCCAGUUCGCCAAGGCGGAGGAUGCGCUCUCCGCGGCGCAAGCCCUGGACUGCCGCGCCUUCCAAGGCCGCCUAAUCCACAUCCUCCCCGCGGACGCGCAACCCGAUCGGCCUCCUCAAUCGGACGUCCCAAAGUUUGCCGGCUUCAAGGGCGAGCGCGAGGCGCAGCGGCGCCAGGAUGCAGGCAACAGAGCGGCGUGGAACACGCUGUUCGUGCGGGCGGACACGGUGGCGGAGGCCGCGGCGGCGCACUACGGGAUGAGCAAGGCGGAGCUGAUGGCGCGCGACGCGUCGGAUCUGGGCGCCAGGCUGGCGCUGGGCGAGGCGCAGGUGGUCGCGGAGACGAAGGAGGCGCUGGGGGAGGCGGGUGUGGACGUUGCGAAGCUCGAGGCCGCCGCCCUCUCGUCUGGGAAAUCAGCCCAGGCAGCCUCUGUCGACCGCUCCUCCACCGCCCUCAUCGUGAAGAACCUGCCAUAUACCACGGACGCCAAGGAGCUGGAGGCUUUGCUGGCGUCGGCGGGGGCCGUGUCGCGCUUCGUGCUCCCGCCAACCAAGGCAUUGGCGCUGGUGGAGUUUGAGGGGCAGGAGGGGGCGCGACGGGCGUUCAGGAGCCUGGCAUUCAAGAAAUAUCAGAACGUGCCUAUCUACCUGGAGUGGGCACCCAAGGAUGUGUUUGCGAGCGCACCCAGGGUGGCUGAUGAGGCACACAGUGAGGAUGAAGCCGAUGUCCCAAAAGAUGAUGCGACAGACGCACGGGCAGCCUCCGAGCCUGAAGGCGAUGACGCAGUGAAGACGCCCUCCAUUUAUAUAAAGAAUUUGGCGUUCUCGACCAACCAGGAGGCUCUGAGGAAGCUCUUCGACUCUGCUGCGUCUGAGGUGGGCGGCCGGUUGCUGUCUGCCAAGAUCGUGUACAAGAGGAAGGGCGACAGCAAACUGGUGUCGGCAGGGUACGGGUUUGCGGAGGUGGACGAGUGGGAAGUGGCCAAGCACGUGAUUAGGAAGCUGCAGGGCCACGUCCUCGACGGCCACAAGCUCGAUGUGCGCCACAGCUCCAGGCGCCCCUCCAACGUCAAGCAGAGCGCCGCGGCCGUCCAACCGGAGGGAAAGUCCCGGGGACGGGACGCCUGCUCCAAGCUCGUGGUGCGCAACGUGGCCUUCGAGGCCACAAGGAAGGACCUGGUGGAGGUCCUGGGCGCCUUCGGCCACCUGAAGAGCUGCCGCCUACCACGCAAGUUCGACGGCCACCACCGGGGCUUCGCGUUCGCUGAGUUCGUGACGAAGCGGGAGGCGCGGGCCGCACUGGAAGGGGCGGCGGGCGUGCACCUGUAUGGGCGCCGGCUGGCGUGCGAGUACGCCAGGGACGAGGAGGGGAUCGAGGAGCUGAGGGCCAAGACGCUGGCGCAGUUUCACGAGGACUGA